AUGCCGAGCCAGCUGUACAACCUUGACGAGUCCCAUUACGGGAGCGAGGAAGAACUGAAGGAGCUGAUCGGACGCUUUCACGGAGCGGGCGUGAGAUGCAUCGCGGACAUCGUGAUCAACCACCGGUGCGGCGACAAGCAGGACGAGCACGGCUGCUGGACCAUCUUCGAAGGCGGCACGCCCGACGACCGCCUCGACUGGGGGCCUUGGGCCAUCACGCAGGGCGACUCGCCCUUCGGCGGCCAUGGCCGUCCUGACACUGGCGAGGAUUUCCCGGCGGCUCCUGACAUCGACCACACGAACGAGCGCGUGCAGCGCGAGCUGACGGAGUGGAUGCUGUGGCUCAAGAACGACGUCGGCUUCGACGGCUGGCGGUUCGACUUCGCCAAAGGAUUCGCAGGCGAGUUCGUGGGGAAGUACUGCGACGCGACGUCGCCCGCAUUCUCCGUGGGGGAGCUGUGGACGACGAUGAACUACGACGGCGAGAAGCCGGACUACAACCAGGACAGCCACCGGCAGCAGCUGGUGGACUGGGUGGACGCCACUGACGGCCGCUCCACCGCCUUCGACUUCACCACCAAAGGCAUCCUGCAGGAGGCCGUUCAGGGCGAGCUGUGGCGCCUCCGAGACCCCAACAACAAGCCUGCUGGUGGGUGGGUGGAAGAGAGUCGAGCAGUGACGUUCAUUGACAACCAUGACACCGGCUCCACGCAAGGCCACUGGCCCUUCCCUCAAGACAAAGUGAUGCAGGGCUAUGCGUACAUCCUCACGCACCCAGGCAUCCCUUGCGUGUUUUACGACCACUACUACGAGUGGGGCCACAAGGAGGCCAUCAACGCGCUGCUGGCCAUCAGAAAGCGCAGCGGGGUGCACUCCAAGAGCAAGUGCAGCAUCAUCACUGCAGAGGACGAUCUCUAUCUGGCUGACAUCGACGGCAGGCUGGUUGUUAAGAUAGGCCCGCGGUAUGACAUUGGGGACAUGGCUCCCAACGAGACAGAAUUCCAAGUGGCUGCAUCCGGAGAUGGCUAUUGUGUUUGGGAAAGAUUGCAGCCGGAGGCAGGUCAUGACAAAGCAAAGCAACACCAUGAGUAUAAAUAG